AUGAGUGACAGUGGAUCUAGUGAGGAGGUGAAUCAAAGUGCUUUGAAUAGUACCGUUCCAAAGGUGCCGUCGAAGAGGCCCCUUGCCAAGUCUCAGACAUUGAGCGAGACGUCAGGGGGGAGCAACACGGAGUCACCAACGCCCGGCUUGCCUCUUCAACGCCCAGUACGGAGGUCCACGACUGAGCAAUUGGAGGAGCUUGUUGAUAAUACGGAGGAAGAAUUGCAAGAGAUGAAGCAGUUCAUAGAAAAGCAUCGCUCACCCCUUAAGCCUCACAGGGAUUCAGGCACAGCAGAUUCGAAUGCUGAACCAAAAUCCCAAGAGAAUAAGGGUACGUUUAGCGAAUCAUCUGCUGGAGAUAUUGGCGCUCCCGUACCAAAGAUCCCUGAGAGACCCUCCAGGAGAGCUACGACGGACAGUUUUGAUUCUCGUGCGAGUUCGACCAUUUGCGACGUAGCUGGCGAGAAAUCUGCAAAAUCGGAUGUAGCAGAUAGUACACCGAUUUUACAGAGUUUCGUCGCGCCUGAUAAUCGAGAACCAAGCGGCACUUCUGAACCAAGUAUCCCGAAAAGACCAGCAAGAAGGCCGAUCAAAACUGAGAAUUCGCAAAGUGGUGCCCAAGAAGUACCUCAUUCACGGGAUAAAAAUUCACCUGAACCUCCAAGUGUACCUAAAAGACCCUCCUCUACUGAAGGCGAAAGGUCCUCGCAAGAAGAGGGAAAGACUGAAGAUCUGGUUGUGAGAGAUGACCAACAUGUAGGCGAAUAUGAAGCCCCCGAGCUGAACGCACCCUAUGACGAUAAAGUUCAAACUACAGUUAAAGGAUCUACUGUAAAGCUUGAUGAAGAACAACCAUUUGAGAAGCAACCUGAACAAAAUGAACCAAGCGAGGAAACUCUUAAUGCGGCAAGCAAGCAGCAAACUGCAACUGAAGAGCCCAGCGCUUCAAAAUCGGAGAUUGGGCAAGACACGGAAGAAACGAGCGGACAAUCUACAAAAGACAUUGAAACCGUAAAGAAUGAAGUCACAGCGAUUUCGGAUGAAGAAGAUGAGUUGCAACAAAUUCCUGAAACCAAUGACCAUCUGGCAGGCAAUUCAGUGGAAGAUAUCUCUUUUGAAAGCGGAGCCAGGGAGGCCGCAACUGUUUCUCCAUCAACGAAGGUGCAAGAGGAAAUGAUUACAGAAUCGCUAAAUGAGGUAACUGCACAAUCGAAAGACACCUUUGGUCAAGAGACAUCUGAUUCGAAGGAAGAUGUAGGUGGGAAUGAUGAUCAAGCGAAUACAAAUGCAAGUUUAUUGAACAAUGGAAAAUCAACUGAAGAAGAGGAUCACGAGCCAGAAGCCGAGGUAAAACCUUCCAUCCCAGCUACACGUCCAAAAAAACGUGCCCCUCCACCAGUUCCCAAGAAGCCAUCCUCUAAAAUUGCAGCCUUCCAUAAUAUGCUACAAAUGCAACAGCAAAAGGAUUUGGCCUCGGCGUUACCUGAACUUGUACACAAGGCGCCAAAAUUUUACCCUGUUCAUGAUCCCACUGGAGAGGACAACAGAGAGAGCGAUAAUGAAGACCGUGCCACUAACGAGGAAGAUAAGCAGGAUAAUAGUUCGUUUGGCGGUUCCAGGGCGCAGUUUACCAAAAAUUUGAAUGGUUUAAUCGGUCUACCUGGUAUGGCCCCACAAAAGGGUAUACCCCCUGCAUUGAAUAGAAUGUUGGCUACAUCAAACCCAAGUGCCUCCGAAGCUACUGUCGACGUUGAGAAAGUACAAGAGGGUGGUUUGUCUGAUGUUCGUCAAAAGAGAGCCAGAGGUCCUCGUGGUAGAAAACUUCCAACAAAGGUUAACAGUGUCACUAAAGUCACUGACGAAAGCGGCCAGCAUACAAUUGAGAUUUUUGAAGCUUGGUCAAUGGUUUCCGGCUCAGGCACCAAACUAGAGAAAGACAGUUCCACUAAAGAGACGGAAGAUGCAGAUAUGGUUACCGCCGAGCAAAGUGGUAAGUUUCAACAUUCGGAUGCUUUCUCAGAGAGCGAAGACCUAGCCUCCGGAGGGAGUAACGAGCUUCAGACGUCCACUAUACCUGCAGAGAUUGGAGAGCCGACCCCUGAGCCGAAAACUUCAAACCCAGUUAUACAGAGACUAGCGGAAUCAAAUUUGAUUAACGAGUCGAGCAGUUCUCUAUCUGAUAGCAUAACAUCUCGGGACCAAAGCGGGGGAAUUAUGGCUAAGGAACAACAAAUGGAGGAAGAUAUGGAAAGGGAGAUGGAACGGCAAAUGCUCGAGGAGGAUCGAGCAUACAGCGAGGAGGCAGCCAAGAAUGCUGUAGCCCAAUUUGAGGAUGGGUCCCUGCUGGAGGAGUAA